AAGUGGGGCGAGAGAAGCCAUAGCCCAUAGGCGCCAGUAGUACUGAGCGGCGGCGGCGGCGGACGGAGAUGGGGAAGGGCAGCGAGCUGUGGGACGAUUCGGCGCUGGUCGACGCGUUCGACCACGCCGUCGCCACCUUCAAGGCUACGCAUGGCAAGGGCACCCAAGCAACUCCAUCGGAGAAUGAGGAACCAGAAGAUCCUUCUGCCGCUGCCCCCGCUGGAGAAGAGCCCAUUUUGACUGAGGUGGCAACUGAGCCCAUAGAGAAAGAUGGUAGCCAGACAGAAUUACCUUGCGAAGCAUCAGAGACACCAUGUCAGACCCAUGAAGAAAGAAAGCCCACUGAGCAGGCUCCUCUCCAGGGGACGGAUCUGGAGAAAGAGACACAUUUCUCAGAGCCCAAGAUGCAUGCCUCAGAUGCUACUGAUGCUGAGCAAAAGGAUACCUCAGACCAGCAGACCUGGGACUACAAUGAAUUGGUAAAAAAAUACUAUGAACUUGAGGAGCAAAGCCGGAAAGUUCUUGAGCAACUGCAUCAAACAAACUACUGGAGUUACCAAGUCCCUGGACAAUCUUCAGUGUACCAACAGGUUCAAGUUCCUGCCUAUAGUGCCACAGCACCAGAUCUGCAUUCUUCAACCAUUCAAAACCCAUACUGCUGUGCGAAUGUACCCCUGGUAUCAGUCUCCUGUUGUUCAACUGGCCAGACAAGUGGGGCUUCUUGUAUGCAACCAAGUGGUGGUUGUAGCAUAUCAUUGACUUGUGAUCAAUGCCCUGGCACAAGCACAGCAUAUUCUACUGGAGCAUCCUGCAUGCAGCAGCCAGAAAAGGUGUCUACUGACGGUGAUCAAGUUGCUAAGGCUGCAAUUAUGACUGCUGAAGGUGCCAUGAAUUUCAUGAGAAGUACAAUAUCUGGAGAUUCAGGCACCUUUCCAAGAGUGGACACUGCAUCUGGAAAGGAGGGCACAACUAUGGGCAUGAAUCCAAAUUUUGACACCGUGGGAGCAGAUAGUGAUCUUGCUGUUGUCUUAAAUGCAUGGUAUGCAGCAGGGUUUUACACUGGCAGGUACCUCAUGCAGCAAUCCAUGAAAAAUUCCAGACAAGGCUGACAUCUGUUAAAAUCCUAUCCAUUUGGAAUAUCGGCAAAGAUGGCCCUUCGGCUCCAGAAGAAUCAAGAGAUCGAGUACUAAUUAAUUGUGGAACUGAACAUUCCUCGUGAAGUUCAGUAUGAUAUCAGUGCUUUUUCCUCAAGUAAGAAUUAUGGUACAAUUAUGCAUUAAGGAGAAACAAUGGUACCGAUCAUUUUGCUAUCCACGUCUAAGAGAUGAAUUGCAUCCCA